AUGGCCGCUGUUCUGUCCCUCCCCCGCGUAAUCCACUACCACCACCACCACCAUCUCGAUGCCACGCUGGCCCGUGACGACGACGACGACAACCACAACCACAACGUCAACAACAAUGACAACCACAACCACAACAACGACAACAACAAUGACAACAAUGAAAACAAUGACAACAACGAUGACUUUCCUGCGCUCUCGCUGCUGCCGCUGGACUCGCUGUACCCGGCACACCAACUGAGCACUUCGCACACCCAAACCACCAGCACCUUGACCAAGAGCUCCCUCGAACGCCUCCCCGUCGAAAUCGUCAACCAGAUCCUCUCCCACCUCGUCCACCCCCGCUCGCGCCUGCCCGGCCUCACCGAGGCCCAGAGCGCCCACGACUUCCCGCGCCAGACCAAGCUCGAGAUCAAGAACCGCGAAGACCUGACCACGCUGCCGGACGCACGCCGCUGGGCCGCCGACAUCUUCGACUUCAACACCCUGCGCCAUCCCUUCCACGUCCUCUCGCUGACCUCGCGACGCCUCCAUGGCCUCGUCGAAAGCUACUGCGGCCACCUGGUGCGGACGUGCAACAUGUUCAACCUGCCCUUUGCCCACUUCGACACGCACGGCGCGGCCUGCGUGUAUCCCGACCUGAGCCACAUCGUGUACCGCCGACUGUGGCUGCAGCACGCGCCGAGACUCUGCAUAUACUGCCACGUCGGGCUGGACUGUUACCCGUUUCCCGUAGUGAAGCGUUUAAUCGCCGCAUGCGAGGAUUGUUUCUACAGACAAACCUUGACCGUCGACGAAGUAGAGCGCCAAUACCACCUCAGCAUCCCCACGCUCCUCAACUCGCCCGUCAUCCGCGGACCCGGCCCCGGCUCGGCCUGGGUCCUGCGCAUCGACGUCGAAGCCAUGGCCCUGCGUCUCUACGGCACCCGUGCCUUCCACGCCGCCCACGCGGACCAGCUCGGCAAGCCCUGCACCAUAUGCGCCAUCACGCGCUUCACGCCGGCUUUUGCUGCUAGCACUCGGAGCGAGCGCGGGCUCAGAAGGGGCACUACCCGGCCUGUGAGGAGGGUCAUGAGUCAGAAGAGGAGGGGCGUCAAGAGGGUCACUCGGUUUACCUGA